ACAACACAACAUCACCACGAGACAUCGAGAUUCACAUCAUCUUCUAUCAGCAGCUGAGAGAGUUUGCAGAAGAGUUUGCAGAAGAGUUUCCAGUUCCUCCUCAUCUCUGCUACAAUGGAUCCCGUGCUGUUCACUCCCCGUCUCAAGCUGACACUGAUCACGCACGCCGAACGAGACAGCGAUGAGUUGACCUGGCUGCACGAACUGCGUAGUAAUAAACAGACGACAGCAUGGAGUAUCCGCCCGCCCAGCAUAAGCAUCGAAGACACGGAAAAAGUGGUGGGGAUCUACCUGCCAGACACCACGCCCGCAGCCCCACCACCAGGCAGCAAUCCCCCGCCUACAUCCGGCGAGGAAUGUGCUCGGAAAGCGUACAAAAUGGCCUUUGCCGUGCACGAGAUUCUCCCCCCAGCAGCGAGCAACGCCGUCGAACCAAGCACGAGAUUCAUCGGACUGGUCAAGCUCGUUUCACUCUCGGGCGACCACCUCCCUAUCCCGCCGCAUCUAGUAAUCUCUCAAGAGCAGGAGAAAGACACUCUAGUCGUUGAGCUAGCUUACUCUCUUCUGCCGUUAGCUUGGGGCAAGGGCUAUGCGACUGAGGCCAUUACCGCCGUUUUGAACGCGUGCCGCUCUUCAACAGCAAUGCAUUUCUGGGCGCCGUGGAGAAAAGUCUGGAUGCGCGUCAUUGUGAAUGGGCGGAACGCCGCCAGUCUGAACGUUAUGAGGAAGCUGAAGGCUAUUGGGGUGCAGGAGAAGGGAGUGUACAAGUGGAAAGGCGAAAGCAUUUUCAUUGGGGGAGAGUGGAGGACGGAGGAGGAUUUGUAUAUCUUUGGGGGGUAUUUGAAGGGAUGAAGGUAUGAGUGUAUCGUGUGCUGAUUUCCUUUGCAGUUGAAGGGGCUUCAAGUACAUGCAUGGAAGUAAAGGUACGAUGAGAUUUGUAACCUGAUUAAUGUUUAUCAAAGUGAACAACCUGGAUACAAUAGCGUACAACAUUCGCCGCCAGUAAGGGAUCUAGAGAAUCGAAGAGAGAUCAGACAGCC